UGACAGGCGCAUGCGCAGUGUGGAUGUCAGCGGGUUGGUUGGGCUUGUGUUUACAGCUCGACUGGAUGCUGUUGGCUGCUGAUGUUCUGGGAGAGUGCAAUGUUGUGCCAACCGCCAUUGGAAUAAAUAUAACAGUGGGAAUAAAGGUGAUUUUGCUCAUCAUCUCCCACCACUUCCUCCUCCCGUCUUCCAUUCAUGAGCAGCGUGGCUGAGUUUAACAGCGGCAGCCAUGGAUGACAAGGGCUCGGUGGGGAAGAUUAGCGUAUCUUCGGACUCAGUGUCCACUCUCAACAGUGAGGACUUUGUCCUCGUGUCCCGGCUGGGGGACGAGACACCCUCCUCCACUAAUAAUGGUAGUGAUGACGAAAAGACAGGACUGAAGGUGAUUUCUGAGGAAGGGGUCAGCUUUAAGAUUGUGGGGAAUGGAAGUGAGCAGCAGCUCCAGAGGGAGUUAGAGGAUGUCCUCAUGGACCCGUCGGUAGCUGACACUGGGCUCGGACCGGAAACCGGAAUGGACAACCUUGGUGGGGGCGACCGUUGCCUCCUUCCCACUACAGCGUCACCUGUACCGCCAGGCUCUGACCCUCUGAGCGCACCGCCACCCAAGUUGGAGAUGGUGCUUCCUGUUCAGACGGCUCAGGAGAGUGAGCUGAAUGAGAGGUCGUACCGAGCAGAUGAAUCAUCAUCAGAGGGCAGUCCUAGCAGUCCCAUUCCAGACGAGGACAGCGUUGUGUUCAGCCAGCUGACUUAUCUGGGGUGUGCAUCGGUCAACGCCCCCCGCAGUGAGGUGGAGGCUCUCCGUAUGAUGAGUAUCCUCAGAGGGCAGUGCCAGCUACCCCUGGAUGUCACACUGUCUGUGCCAGGCGUUUCUGAGGGCACUGUCAGGUUGUUGGACCCCAACAAUGGUACAGAGAUUGCCAACUACCCUAUUUACAAGAUUCUGUUCUGUGUGCGGGGUCAUGAUGGCACACCAGAGAGCGACUGCUUUGCCUUCACCGAGAGCCACUACAAUGCUGAGAUCUUCAGGAUCCAUGUGUUCCGCUGCCAAAUCCAAGAGGCGGUCAGUAGGAUACUGUACAGCUUUGCCACAGCGUUUCGGCGGUCAGCUAAGAAGGCAGUUCUGUCAUCUCAGCAGGCUGCUCCGCUAACCCCUGACAGUGACUUGUUUACCUUCACCGUCAGCCUGGAGAUCAAGGAAGAUGACGGCAAGGGUACCUUCAGUGCUGUAGCAAAAGACAAGGACAAGCAGAGCUUCAAGCUGCGGGCAGGAAUGGACAAGAAAAUAGUCAUUUAUGUCCAGCAGACCUCCAAUAAGGAACUAGCCAUUGAGAGGUGUUUUGGUCUCUUGCUCAGCCCAGGGAAAAAUGUGAAGAACAGCGACAUGCACCUGCUGGACCUGGAGUCAAUGGGAAAGAGCUCCGACGGGAAGUCUUACAUCAUCACAGGAAGCUGGAACCCCAACACGCCUCAGUUUCAGGCUGUGAAUGAGGAAACGCCCAAAGAUAAAUUCAUGUACAUGACGACAGCAGUGGACCUGGUGAUUACAGAGGUAGAGGAGCCGGUCCGUUUCCUGCUGGAGACGAGGGUCAGAGUGUGCUCCCCAAAUGACAGACUGUUCUGGCCCUUCAGCAAGCGUAGCUACACUGAGACCUUCUACCUUAAACUACGCCAGAUGGAGCGUAAGGAGCGUAAGAGUCCUGCUUCUGACACACUUUAUGAGGUGGUGAGUUUGGAAAGCGAGACUGAGAGAGAGAAACGGAAGACCACGGCUAGUCCCGGCAUCCUGCCCACCGGGCCUGGUACCAUGGUUCCGUCACCACCUGAAGAUGAUGAGGAGGAAGAUAAUGAUGAGCCGUUGCUCAGUGGAUCAGGUGAUGUUUCCAAGGAGUGUGCUGAGAAGAUCCUGGAAACCUGGGGAGACUUGUUAUCCAAGUGGCAUAUGAACUUAUCAGUGCGUCCCAGGCAGCUGCCAGCCUUGGUGCGGAGUGGCAUCCCCGAGGCCCUUCGUGGGGAGGUGUGGCAGCUCCUGGCAGGCUGCCAUAACAAUGAUCACCAGGUAGAGGAAUACCGCACUCUCAUUACAAAGGAGUCCCCCCAGGACAGUGCCAUCACCAGAGACAUUAACAGGACAUUCCCAGCUCAUGACUACUUCAAAGACACUGGAGGAGAUGGACAAGACUCCCUCUACAAGAUCUGCAAGGCUUACUCUGUUUACGAUGAGGAGAUUGGCUACUGCCAGGGACAGUCCUUCUUGGCUGCUGUGCUGCUGCUGCACAUGCCAGAGGAGCAAGCUUUCAGCGUGCUGGUCAAGAUCAUGUUUGAUUAUGGGCUCAGGGACCUUUUCAAGCAGAACUUUGAAGAUCUGCACUGCAAGUUCUUCCAGCUUGAGAGACUCAUGCAGGAAUACAUACCAGACCUUUACAACCAUUUCCUGAACGUGGGUCUGGAGGCUCACAUGUAUGCCUCUCAGUGGUUCCUCACCCUCUUCACAGCCAAGUUCCCUCUGUACAUGGUCUUCCAUAUCAUCGACCUGUUACUGUGUGAGGGCAUCAGUGUGAUCUUCAAUGUAGCCUUGGCACUUCUGAAGACAUCAAAAGACGAUCUGAUCCAGGCAGACUUUGAGGGUGCACUCAAAUUCUUUCGUGUCCCAGUUCCAAAGAGGUACCGCUCUGAGGAAAAUGCAAAGAAACUGAUGGAACUGGCCUGUAGCAUGAAGAUCAGCCAGAAGAAGCUGAAGAAAUUUGAGAAGGAGUACCACACCAUCAGGGAGCAGCAGGAGCAGCAGGAGGCCCCCAUCGAGAGAUAUGAGCGGGAGAACCGUCGUUUGCAAGAGGCUAACAUGCGUUUGGAGCAGGAGAACGACGACCUGGCACACGAACUAGUCAGCAGCAAGAUAGCCCUGCGCAAAGACCUCGACAACGCUGAGGAAAAGGCAGAUGCCCUGAAUAAAGAGUUGCUGCUGACCAAACAGAAACUGGUGGACUCUGAGGACGAGAAGAGACGACUGGAGGAAGAGUCUGCACAGCUAAAGGAGAUGUGCAGACGAGAGCUUGAUAAGUCUGAAUCAGAGAUCAAGAAGAAUGGCUCCAUUAUUGGAGAAUAUAAGCAGAUCUGCUCCCAGCUGAGCGAACGACUGGAGAAACAGCAGACAGCCAACCGAGGAGAACUGGAGAAAAUCCGGUCCAAAGUGGAAGGCUGCGAGAAGUGCAGCAGUCUUUUCAACAAAGAAGGUCGUGUGCGAGCCACUGUGACCACGGCGCCCGCCGGAGGGACUGAGGAGACGGAUGAGGAGAAGGAAGGUUUGAAGAACCAGCUGAGAGAGAUGGAGCUGGAACUAGCCCAGACCAAACUGCAGCUGGUGGAGGCUGAGUGCAAAAUCCAGGACCUGGAGCACCACCUGGGUCUGGCUCUCAACGAGGUGCAGGCCGCCAAGAAGACCUGGUUCAAUCGAACACUCAGCUCCAUCAAAACCGUCACUGGGACCCAAGGCAAGGAGACCACCUAACCUGAUAACCCACCCACCUAGUCUUACCCAGACCAUGUCUGGAGCUCAGUGCAACUCACUGCUCUGAAACCUCUGGACGCCUAAACUUAACCCACUGGGCCAUAACUUUAACUUGAACAUUGACCGUUAAAACCCAGGACAACCAUUACUACAGACUGUGUUACUUAUUAAAAAGAAAAAGUCCUUGUGUCUCCCCGUUCCCUCGCCUACUGAUCUAAUCACCCCCACCCCAUUCUUCACCCACUUCACCCCGAAUGACUACAGCCGACCGUGCUGAUGAGAAGGGGUUGAAAUACAUAAGAUGAAGUACAAUGGUACCACUUCCCCACAGAGAAACAAUGUGCUUCCACCGGUCACAGAAAGAAAAGCAUCAAAAAAAAAAAAAAAGAGAGAGAAUUGCUUCAUUGAUUUCUGUCUUUGUACUGCUGAUAUUAAAGACUGGCAGAAGGAAGGUAGGACAUCUGGACUGUAACUGUCCUGACGGGAUAGAGAAGAAAACACUCCGUCCUUCCUUACUCUUCUGCGUGCUCCCCUCUAAACUACUGGCACAAACCAACCAGUCCCUGUAAAAUUUUUUGUUUUAGGUACAAGAGCUAAUAUACGCCUUUUCAAAACUGAGCUUUUUCUAAUUUACGUUGAACAAUACCUUUCUUUUUCUAUGUAUGUACAUGAAUGUGCUUAUGUAAAGAGGAUGUGUGUGUAUGUGUGUGCGUGUGUGUGUAAGUGAGCAUGUUUUUUGUUUAUUUUCUUGUUUUGUGUUGACUGUGAGGUGUAUGUGUUCAUGUGUGUGACUGAAAAAAAAAACGUGUUUGAAUGCAUAAAUAAUUGACUGAAAUAACGUUAAAGCUGUGUGCAAAAGCGAAAGAGAAAUAGAGCGUGUGGAAGUCCAAGGGAAAGAAAAAGCACUAAGGUUAUGAGUGUGUGCAUGCAUGUAAAGGAAAAACAUAUUUUCCUGUUUGUCUAGUUUCCUUAAAUGUCCAAAUGUGUAUAUGAAUGAUGCUAAAGAGAAGUUUGCUGACAAAGCCUUGAUCUGAAGGUUGAUAAAGAUGAUACUAGUAGAUAUGAAUAUGUAAUUUACAGUAAACACAGAAUCUUAAAAGCUGUUGUAAAGACAAACAGCAGCGUAACUUUCCUCACAUCAGAUUUCAGAUAUAAAACAUGCUUGAGGUUUGUUUGGUUUGGAUCCCCCAGCACAAAGAAACUUAAAAAGCUUCAAACCAUGAAAACCUCUACAUGUAUUAUUCACUGUGUGUAUGUAUGUUUGGACAUUGUUGUACCCCAGAAUGGUGAAUUGAUUGUUAGAAACCGUGAACAUCGCUUAGGGGAGCGUGAAGUCAAAGUGGAAAACGCGCACAGAAAAAUUGCAAUUCCUGCUGUAUUUGAACACACCUCAAACCCCGCCUCCCUCUUUCUGGGCGCCAGCUGCUCUGUGAUGUUUGACCUUGACUGGCAGGGGUUGUGUUUGAUAUUUUGGGAGUGGCAGGUUGUGCUGUGUUUACAGUAGUUUUCACAGUUCACUCAGACCGCUGGCAUCUCUUUUACCACUACACACACAAGCACUGAAUUACAAUGUCCGCACGCACUUGACGUUUAUUUAAAGGGAGGUAGAGAACAAACACUGAGUGGCCACUUCAUUAGGAGCAUCUGCCUGUUGAAGCAGUCAUCCACACCCUCCGAACACGCGGACAAGGUCAAGAUGUUUGGUUACUUCUUGUGAAAAUGUAGACGUGAUCUGAAAGACGAGGUUGGUCAUCUUUAUAUGGGAUGGUGAGGAAAACGGAAACAGCAUAGUCAGUGGCAAAAAACAAAAACAAAACAUGCUUUAUCAGCAAGAGAGGUCAGGGGAGAAUGGCCAGAAAAGUUGUUUAAAACUUAAGAGAAAGGCCACAUAGAUAAGUGCAGCACAGUGAACCAGCAGAGUGUAGAAGGGCAUUUCUGCCAUGUAACAUUCUUCUUCCUCAUCUCUUGAGUUUUAUUAGCAGUUGGUUCAUUACUGCCACCAACUGGUUUGGAGUGUGGACUAAGUGAUGUUCAGUUCUCAAACCUGUCGAAAAGCAGGCCAGCUCCAAACUGGCGCCAGCACUGUGCUGGUGGAAAAGAGAUAUUAAUGUCGCCCUCUCAGUGUACAACAGCCUUGUGACUGUCCAGGUGCAUCUUUUCAUGGCCGUCUGACAAAGCGCUCAUCAUUUCAAGAUGGAUCCAGGAACAUGACAGAAACUUGUGUUUAUUCCAGCUGCUUGCACUCGACUCAGUGGAGCACCUUUGGGAUGAGGUGGAACAGGAUAACCAUAGCACAAGCAGCUUGUGACUCACUAAAUCUGCAGGAAUUGAUCGACUUCAUUGAACCAGCGUGGAGCAAAACUUUUCAAACACGGGAGGAAAAAACAGAUGUUACCCAGGACUGAGAUGGUUUAAAUAUUUAAGUGGCCACUGAGUGUGCAUGUAUACACAUUGUUAUGAAUGUAGGGGGCAGGAAAGUCACACACAUUAAGACACUUGUCAACUGCCAGAAGUGUAACUCUGCACCUAAAGCAUGGAUCAGUAUCACAGGAGUUACACCGUCAGUCGCAGGACUUUACAGCAACGUCUUCAGAGGUCAAAAGUUGGGGUUAAACUGGCAAGCACUCUAAAUCAGGCCAGAGGGAGUGGGGGGCGGGGUUCAGAAGUGCUUGUGUGUGUGAGGUUUCAUAUUUAACUGACUAGGAAGGGGUUCAACAAUAUUCCAAUGCGUGUUCAUACUUCACUAAUCAUAUUAGAUUGAAAAAAAAGUUUCUUUUGCCAGCAUAAAGUUAACCGUCACUGUAAAUUGCAUCUAACUUGAAGGUGGAAUCUGAUUGGCUGGAAUCUACAGAGGAAAAGUCCAGAUGAGUUCGAAAAGAAACAAAAGGGCCAUUCCUCUAAAGGCACUGGGUUGUAUAUAACAAACAUUAAGAGUUUUUGUUUAUGAUUUUCUACUCUGUAACUAUAACUAAUGUUGCCUACUUGUACCUACCUGCUGCCGUGCUACAGUUUAAUCCACGACUACGUUUUAUGUUUUUAAUGUUUAUUUCGCUCCAAGCUUCUCAGUCAGACUGCUGUUUGGUUAAUUAAAAUGCCAAAACGUAGCUUUAUCAUCCAACAACAAAAACAUUAUCAACGUGUGGAAAUUGUAAUAGUGUAGGAUGCAUUGUGUAUACUUCAUGAAUUUCAAUAUAAAGAUAUCGACACAAAAGUA